AUGCUAAUUGAGAUUUUUCUCUUUAUUUCGAUCUUCGCGAUAUCAUUUGGUAAUGAUGAACUCGAAGAUCAUUCAGAUGCUCUUGACUCAGUGGGUUCACCACAAAUCAUUCGUCAUUCACACUUUGAUCAACAUUUUCGACUUGGUCUAAAGCUUAUUGUGAUGUGUGAAGCCGAGGGACUCCCCAGGCCACAACUUCGAUGGUACAAAAAUGGAGCCGAGCUUUCCCCGGAAAGCCAUAUUCAGCUAAGCGAAAAGCACAUUUCUUUGGUGAGAAUUCGAUCGCGUGUCGAGAUUGAUCCAACGACGCUUUCUGACAGAGGAACCUAUUCGUGUUUGGCCACAAAUCCUCAUGGAAGUGAUCUCAAAUCGAUCCGAGCUAACAUUGAUUUC